AUGCCCGAAAAGAAACAACUCAUAAUCAAUGCAUUCGCCAUGCAAUCUCCGAGCCACUUAAAUCCAGGUCUCUUCGGCUACCCGACUGACCAAGGCGCCGACUACAAAAACAUCAAGCACUGGAUUGCCCUAGCAAAGAAACUCGAAGACGCAAAAUUCCACGCCAUCUUCUUCGCGGAUGUCUUGGGCGGCUACGAUGUCUACCGGGGUCCGGCAAACCUCGAUCCUACCAUUCCCGCCGGUGCGCAGUUCCCAAUCAAUGAUCCGCUAUAUAGUAUCCCCGCCAUGGCGGCUGCGACGGAGAAUAUUGGAUUCGGCGUCACGGCAUCCACGACCUAUGAUUCCCCCUAUGCGCUUGCGAGACGGUUUUCCACGGUUGAUCAUCUCAGCAAUGGCCGUGUGGGCUGGAAUAUCGUGACUUCGUACUUGGAUUCUGCGGCCAGGAAUUUCGGACUGGAUACGCAGGUUGAGCACGAUGAGCGGUAUCGAAUCGCCGAUGAAUAUCUCGAUGUCACGUAUAAGCUGUGGGAGGCAUCGUGGCGGGAUGAUGCCGUGACGUUCACGAAAGGCGAUUCCAAGAACCAGCCCUAUGCCGAUCCAAAGGCUGUUCGUCAGAUCAACCACAAGGGGAAAUACUUCCAGGUCCCUGGCCCGCAUCUGUGUGAACCUAGUCCCCAACGCACGCCGUUUAUUCUUCAGGCUGGUACAUCCACGGCUGGCAAGGCGUUUGCUGCGAAACAUGCCGAGGCUGUCUUCCUGCAUGCGCAGAAGCCGGAGCUUGUGCGGCCUUCUGUGGAUAGUAUUCGGCAGCAGGCUGCUGAGAUCGGUCGGAAUCCGCAGGAUAUCAAGAUCGUGGCUGGUGCUUUGGUCAUCGUCGCUGAGACGGAUGAAGCGGCGCAGGCCAAGUUUGAUGAGCUGAAGACAUAUGGUGAUCGGGAGGGAGCGCUUGCUUUGUUUGGUGGUUGGACUGGGUAUGAUCUGUCGACUUAUGACGAUGAUCAGGAUUUCCGCUUCGUGGAGUUGCCUGCGGUGCGGAGUAUGGUGAAUCACUGGGCGAGUACGGUUCCCGGCACCGAGGGUCAGAAGUGGGAUAAGAAGACUAUUGCGGAGUAUCUGGUUCUCGGUGGGAACGGGGUCAAGAUUAUUGGGAGUGUGAAGACGGUUGCGGAUGAGUUGGAACGAUGGGUUAGUGUCGGUGAUGUCGACGGGUUUAAUUUGAGUUAUGCUAGUCUGCCGGAUACGUUUGACGAUGUGAUUCAGCUAUUACUGCCCGAGCUGCAACGCCGUGGCCUGUUCUGGUCUGAUUAUGCUGUCAAGGGAGGAACUUUCCGGGAGAAUAUGUAUGGCAAGAAGGGUCAGGCAAGACUCCCUGACGCGCAUCCGGGAGCGAAGUACUUCUGGAAAGAGGGCCAGGAAGUGCCCCCGUAUUCAUUAGAGUCAAAUUAG